UGAUUGAACAUGCAGAUAUCUACGAAAACAUUUACGGGCUGCUGUGGACCAGAAGCGUGAAUGAACAUUUUUUUCAUGCUUAUCGGCUUCCAGGUCUCUAAUGUGGACAUAGAAUUGUUGCUUCAAGCUAUGGCACAACUUGUUUGAAAUUCCACGUGUAUUGGUAGAGCAUUCACGGUGAUUUCAGUGUUCCAGCCCGGUGAUGCCCAGAGGCCAAGGAGGUGCUGAAGGGAAUGUUGAGGGUGCGGUGCAUUUCCUGAGGUGCACCAUCUUUUUGGCCGACGUCGUCCACAGUCAUCACUCCGCUGGGGAGGUGAGUGAAGGUGCCUACUUAGGCCAGCUCGUCCUCGUCGGUCUCUGCGGAAACCGUGGGGAGGUCGAGCAAAACGCACAUCCAUGUACUCCGGCACGCGGACCUGCUCCAGCACCAGAGCCUCGCUCAGCUGCUGGACGCUCAUCGGCCUCACCGUUUCCAGGCCCUUACAAAAUUACAGGAGGGCUGUGUGAUUGGUCCCGGUGACCACAUAGUCUAUAAUCAGAGUAAGCUGUCUGUCGGUGUCCAUUGCAUAUUUCGAGACAAUCUACAAUGAGCAUGAUUGGAAGACCAAAGCCAGAAGCGUGACUUGUGCAGUCAUGUUGGACAUGCCCUGACAAUCUGAGUAUCUUCUAUUAUGUUGUUGAUGGGAAUAAUAGUAAUCAGUCGUGGUUUUGGGUUUUCCCGC